GGGGGGGGAGAUAGGGACGGAGUGUCGGGAUACACUCCACCCAACCCGGACCACAUCCAUGUCGACAAUCCCUCCGGUGGAAAAGCAACAUGAAACGUACCUUCGUCUGAAAGACAAGCCGCUGCAAGGCAAGGCGACAUGGUGUGUGGUGUCGGCGCCAUGGAUGGAGGCCUUUGUCGCCCACGUGGCAUCAGGCGCUCCCCAUCCAGGCCCUAUCAGUAACGAUCAUCUUGUUGCGGUCGAAGACGGUGACGAGGAUGCUGAGACUCCGGGCGAGGAGAACCAGGGCUUGGCGGGCAACAUCGAUGCCACCGAGAACACGGCCGGGAAAGACAAAGGGAAGGAGGAGGACGACGGCGAUGGUGAGGAGACAAAGUCCGUGGACAGCGGCGGUGGCGGCAAGGGUGUGGCUGCGCUGCCGCGGUCGAUGGAGGAGUUGGAGAAGGAGGCGCUGGAGCCACCGCGGCUGCGGAAGGACAUUCGUGCAGACGUCGACUACGUCCUUGUGCCGCAAGAGCUGUAUGCCAACCUCGAGGCGUGGUACGGCGGCGGGCCGCAGUUGGCACGGCAGGUAGUGGCGGUAGGCCAGCGGCGCGAGCUGCGUGUGGACCUCUACCCGGUCACGGUCUACACGCUGAGGUGGAGCGCGACAAGCAAGUGCAUUGACGUCAAGUCUGUGCAUAAGAUCUGGGUCUCGACCUACCUCACCUUUGUCAUGUUCCGGCUUGACGCGUGUGCCGGCUACUCGACCCCGCCGUACUCGACGCGGUUCUGGCUCAUGCCGGACCUUAACGCGCCGGUGAGCGAGUACCGGAUGGUGGAGAAAGACGAGAUGAAGCUCUUGCUGGGCGAUCUUGGCGUGCAGGACGAGACCAUCUUUCUUAUCGAGACCCAGGACUCGGACAAGAAGUGGCCGCUUGAUAGAGUGCGGAGCAGUGCGGCUGGCGCAGCACCAGCAGCGACGGCGCCGGCCUCUGCAGUCUCAGCUGGUGCGACGUCCCGGAGCUGGGCGACGUCCGGUGUGGAGACGUCGCGGGCAGCCGAGGCCGGGCGGGCGCUGCGGACGGGCGCAGGUGCAACACGGACCUCGGCGUGGUCGCGGACGAGCUACGGAUCGCGGCCGGGCAAGCCGCCGGUCCGCGGUGCGACCGGGCUUUCGAACCUGGGCAACACGUGCUUUAUGAACUCGGCGCUGCAGUGCCUCUCGAACACGACGGUCCUCACCGAGUACUUUCUCUCGGGUGCGUACACCGACGACGUCAACACGACUAACCCGCUGGGGAUGGAGGGCAAGCUCGCGACGGUGUACGCCGAGCUGGUGCGCGACCUGUGGUCCGGGCAGUACACCUCGGUCUCACCGACGCGGUUCAAGGCGCUGAUCGGCAAGUUUGCACCGCAGUUUUCGGGCUUUCAGCAGCACGACUCGCAGGAGCUACUCGGCUUUCUGCUCGACGGUCUCCAUGAGGACCUCAACCGGGUGCUGGACAAGCCGCCGACAGAGAAGCUCGAGUCAGAUGGACGGCCCGAUGCCGAGGUUGCGGCCGAAGCUUGGGAGCGGCAUCUCCUGCGAAACAAGUCGUUCAUUGUCGACACCUUUCAGGCGCAGUUCAAGUCGACGGUGGUGUGUCCGGCCGAGGGUUGUGGGCGGGUCUCGAUCACCUUUGACCCGUAUCUCUACCUCCAGCUCCCGCUCCCGGUCAAGAACUCGAAGCUUGUGCACGCUGUCGUCUCAUCGCUCGACAAGCCAGCGAUCAAGGUCGCGGUCCAGGUCUCUGUCCACAGCACGCUUGCCGACGUUCGCCAGCAGCUGGCCGAAACGCUGGACAUCGAGAGUGGGCGACUCGUCUUUGCCGACGUGUACGGCUCGCGGAUGCUCAACACACUCCCGCCGUGGCGGCCGGUGCGACAGAUGCGCGACGGAGUGGUCCAGCGGGUCUUCCUCGUCUCUCACGAGGUGGCCGACCCAGUCAAGCCGGUCUACACCGCCACCUCGUACUACACCCGCGGCGGUGCGGCGGCCAAGGCCAAGGCCGCAGCGGCAAAGGCGGCGGCAGAGGCCGACGCUCCGGACGCAGCACCGGCGCCGCCCGCGGCGGCCAUUGUCCAGGUCAUCCAGCGGCGCAAGAUCAAGUCGGCGUACCAGCCGUCGCGGACGGUGACGACCUACCGCAUGGGCCUCUUUGGCCUCCCGCUUGUCUUUACCUACCUCGACGGCACGCUGACAAACGCCCAGCUGCGGGCACAGGUGGUCAAUGCGGUGCGGACCAAGGCGUGCGUCAGCGAUCCGGGCGCCGAGUUGUUUGACGCUGUGGACGCCGAGGGCAACAGGCUGGUCUCGCUCGUUCUAGUCUCGUCGACCGGGACGGUGUGCGCGCUGUGUCCGUCAAAGGCGCGGUGCUCCGGGUGCGAGAUCCCAGAUGACGAGACGCUGGCCAGCGUUGACCUGCUCGCGCGCUCGUCGGUGGCGGUCCACUGGAGUGCUGCCGCGCUGGAGAAGGCGCAGGUCAUCGGAGUGGCGGCCGGAACGGCGACGGCGACAGGCGCCGUCAUUGAGCGCGAUCUUGAGGAGCACCCAUCGGUGAAGGAGCUCAAGGCCGCCAGCAAGACGGAGGUCAACCUCGCGUCAUGCCUCGAGGCGUUUGCCAAGGAGGAGACGCUCUCCGAGGAUGACAUGUGGUACUGCUCAAAGUGCAGCGAGUUCCGGCAGGCGCGUAAGAAGAUGGAGGUCUGGUCGACACCCAAGAUCCUUGUUAUCCAGCUCAAGCGGUUCACCUUCUCGUCGCGCAUUCGCGAGAAGAUCUCAUGCGUUGUCGACUUUCCGCUCGAGGGUCUUGACAUGGCACCAUACGUCAUGGACUCUAGCUCGGGCGGGAUCUACGACCUCUUUGCCGUCUCGCGCCACUCGGGCGGCCUCGGUGGCGGCCACUACACCGCUGUCGCCCGCUCGGCCGAGGACGGUGAGUGGUACCUGUGCAACGACUCGCACGUCUCCAGGACCUCUGCUGACCGCGUCGUCGAUCCCUCGGCGUACCUUCUGUUCUACGUCCGGCGCGAUGAGUAGGGCUUCCAUCGCCCCUCCACGUAAAAAAACUCCGCCCCAA